AUGGGUCCAGACCUGCAUGUCGGAGGUGUCUUCACACCGGUACCACUUGCUACUACGGCUACGGCAAGGGGUGGAGGAAGCGGAACGGGCGGCCCCGCCCCUUCUUACAGGACAGCAGAGGAUCUUACGGCAACCUCGCGGCGUUUGGCACGGUAUGAGAGCCUUCUCAAUGAGAUCCUCCCAAUGGUGUCGCCCGAGGUACGGGCCUUGAUCGAGGAUGCGCGCGACAACGACACGGGAGCGUCAAAUAAUGGCUCCGAAACAGCAGAAACAGAACAAAAUCUGCACCCGCCUACAUUACUUAAAGGCGACUCGAGCAUGACGGGAUCUGGUAGCCGCAUCAUCCUGCCGCUCCCAGUGCCUAGUCCCCAUGUCCCAGCAGCCUCUCGCUCAUCAACGUCGUCGGGAACCUUUGACCCGGUUCCCCCGCCCACGAUUACGAGCACAGGUACAGGAUCCAACGUCCAAACGUCUUCACGGCUGUCGCCUGACUCUAAUAAUUCGGGCACCCGGUUGCCGUCUAUCACCGCUGAGGGGCUUCUGAUUGAAACCGGAGUUAGAGAUCGCUCGCCUACAAGUCUACACCGCCCGGUCGACACAGUUACAGGCUAUGGACAAGACCGUCUGGGAGCGCCGCCAACCUCUCCGACCAGUCAUACGUCCCUUGGAGGUGCGUUAAACGGACCAGGUCCUGGACGUUCAGAUACUGACUCGCGGAGAAGAGACUAUGCGGUCCCCACAGUUUUCCCCUGGCUGAAAUCCAAUGAAGCUGCAGCAGUCCGAAAUUGA